UCAUUAUCUCUCAUGCUUCCUUCUUUGGAUCUCGACAUCUUAUUCACGGGCUCAAUCGGACGUAAACUAGGGAGUAAAGUUGAUUCAAUCCUGCAUUUGGUGGUUCCGUUGAGUUUUUUGAUUUUGGAUCCGAGAAAGUGAAGGAAGCUGGAUCGAUUUCCCAAUUCUGUUGAUAUAAGAAGUUGCUCAAGGCAAGUUGUUUCGAAGAUGGCGCUGGUUUCGGGAGGAAGGUCAACAUUGAACCCAGAUGCCCCUCUAUUCAUACCCGCCGCUCUUCGCCAAGUUGAGGAUUUCUCCCCAGAAUGGUGGCAACUGGUUACGACCUCUACAUGGUAUCGUGAUUACUGGCUCAGCGAACAUCCUGAAGGGCUUUAUAAUAAUGUGGACUUGGAGGAUGAACUUCACGGCAGCGAUGUGGCGAAUUUGCUUCCUGAUACCUUUGAUCUCAAUGCUGAAGAUUUGUCCUUAAUGGAAUCCCAGUUCGAGGAGUUCCUCCUAUUUGCUGAGUCUGAGGGGAAUGAUUUGUCUACUCCAGCAUUCAAUGGAGCAAAUGGAAAAGGCCUUCAAGAUACUGGCGCAAUGAAGCAGAAUGCAAACUUGUUGAAGCCCUUGGACGUUGAACGCCAAUGGCCAAGGAAAGAACCGGCAAAAUAUGUAGAGAAGCCAGCCAAGAAUGUGAACGCGAAAUGCAGCCCCCGCUUCAUCCAACAGCCUCGCUGAAGUUCCCUCUCAGGAUAUAAGUUCUUCAGAGUAGGCCUGCGUCCCUACUGGGGGAGUUUUUUCACCUGUUUCCUGUAGCUUCUUUCUGUAGAACAAGGUCGCAUCAUGCGGCCCUUGACCAUCUGCCAUGUAUUUUCCUUUCUUAACCAAAGGCACUUUGUGGAAUGUAAAAAUCAAAGUGUAUAAUCAACUGGAAAAAGAAAAGAGAAAUCUCCUUGUUCA